AGUGUACGUUGGUGUGGGUGCGGAGCGGGCGAGUGCGUCGCCGUCGCGCGUUCGCACGCAGGAGUACAGUCUCGAGCGAGCUUUAUAUUUACCAAUUACAGCACCGUAGCGCGGUGCGGAGUGUUAAAUGUGCGUGCAGAAUGUCGAAUCCGGGCGGUAGCAGGAGGAACGGCGCCACGAAGAUCCGUCUGACGAUUUUAUGCGCCCGUAAUCUUGCUAGGAAAGAUUUAUUUCGCUUACCUGAUCCUUUUGCUAAGAUAACAGUUGAUGGUUCUGGCCAGUGUCAUAGUACAGACACUUGCAAAGCCACCCUUGAUCCAAAAUGGAAUCAGCAUUAUGAUUUAUAUAUUGGGAGAAACGAUGGAAUCACUAUAUCAGUGUGGAAUUAUAGGAAGAUUCAUAAGAAACAGGGUGGAGGGUUUCUGGGAUGUGUACGCAUAUUAUCGAAUACCAUCCAAAGACUUAAGGACACCGGAUAUCAACGAUUGGAUUUAUGCAAGGCUCAUUCCGACGACACAGACGUCGUAAAGGGGCAAAUUGUAGUGUCCUUGUUAUCAAGAGACGGUCACAAUGGUGCAGUGAGCAAUACAGUCUGUCAUAACGCAGUGGUCGAUGUGCUCGGAGAUCUAAGUUGCCCGAACGACUUACCGGACGGGUGGGAAGAGAGGAGAACGCAAAGUGGUCGACUUUACUACGUAAAUCAUCACACGAAAAGCACGCAAUGGAUCCGUCCUAAUGCUCGGCCUAAUGCUAUUAUACCGACGACACCGGAACCACCCCCAUCGUCGGAACCGACGUCUCCCAGUAGUAGCGCGAGCUCGCCGAAUGUGAGAAAUGAAAGUCCAGCGAGGCAUACUUCGCCUGAAUGGAACGGCGACGGGACGCCGAGUCAAACUCCCAGCCGGGACAGCUCGGCGCAGAAUACACCGAGGAACACGCCGACGCAACAGCAGAAUCAGCACAACAUGAGAAAUAUACCGCCGGCGUCGUCCGUGAGAGAACGACGCGUGGUCAGAGGAGCCGAUGAACAGAACGGCAAUCAAAAUAUCAACGGAAGGCUGGAACGCGGCCUUAAUAGCGGCCAACCGCGAAGGCCUAAUCGCAGCAACAGAAAUAGAAAUAAUGUUAUGCCAAGUAGCGACAGACGAACCGAUCCCCCGCAACCGUCGGACUUACCUCGUGGCUACGAAAUGAGAAAGACCCAACAAGGUCAGGUAUAUUUCUACCAUGUACCAACGGGAUCUUCUACCUGGCACGACCCAAGGAUACCGCGCGAUUUACAAGCUAAUGAAUUGGCGAGUGAACUCGGCCCUCUCCCCAGUGGGUGGGAAAUGAGGCAGACACAAAGCGGACGGGUGUAUUUCGUGGAUCACAACAACCGGACAACGCAAUUCACCGAUCCCCGACUGUCCAGUCAAAUCAUCAGCAAUCUCUUAAAUAGAAGGCAAAAUAACAACGUGAACAACCAAACGACGAACAACCCGAGCAAUUCUACGACGAGCGAAACCGCCGAGGCGGACACAACAACGAGUACGCCAAUAGUCCAGUCUAACACGCCGCAGCAGCCGACGAGGACUGAAAACGGGAGUAACAACAAUUCCCCGACGAUGGAAAAUGUGCGACCGCAAAACACGCAGACAGUGUCGGAAUUACCCAAGGAGCUUCUGGACAACGAGCUUCUGCCGAAGUACAAGCGUGAUCUGGUGGCGAAACUCAAGUGUCUCCGAGCGGAAUUAAAUGCCCUUCAGCCUCAGAGUGGCCACUGCAGGCUUGAGGUGUCGCGAAACGAAAUCUUCGAAGAAUCAUACAGGCUGAUAAUGAAGAUGCGCCCGAAAGAUAUGCGGAAAAGACUCAUGGUGAAGUUUCGCGGCGAGGAGGGUCUCGAUUACGGCGGUGUAGCGCGCGAGUGGCUGUACCUGUUGUCACAUGAAAUGCUAAAUCCGCAAUAUGGACUCUUUCAAUACUCGAGAGACGACAACUACACGCUUCAGAUCAACCCGGACUCGGGCAUAAAUCCAGAACACUUGUCGUAUUUCCAUUUUGCCGGCAGGAUCAUAGGCAUCGCUGUUUUUCACGGCCACCAUAUCGACGGUGGUUUCACUACUCCGUUCUACAAAAUGUUGCUUAACAAGGCUAUAACGCUGAGCGAUAUCGAAGGUGUCGACCCGGAACUUCAUAGAAGCCUCACGUGGAUGUUGGAGAACAGCAUAGACGGCGUAUUGGACGCUACAUUUUCCGUGGAACACAGCAGCUUUGGAGUGUUGAAGAAUCACGAAUUGAAGCCGGGCGGUAAAGACAUUCCGGUAACGGAGGAGAACAAACGGGAAUAUGUCCGUUUAUACGUCAACUAUCGAUUCAUGCGCGGCAUCGAGCAGCAAUUCUUAGCGUUGCAGAAAGGAUUCCACGAACUGAUCCCUCCGCUGUUACUAAGACCAUUCGAUGAGCGCGAAUUGGAAUUGGUUAUCGGUGGUCUCGGCACUAUCGACAUCAACGAUUGGAAAAUGCACACUCGGCUCAAGCACUGUACACCCGACACGCCAGUAGUGCAGUGGUUCUGGCAGAUAGUAGAGUCCUACGGCGAGGAAAUGAGGGCGAGAUUACUUCAGUUCGUUACUGGCAGUUCCCGAGUCCCAUUACAAGGAUUCAAGGCUUUGCAAGGGUCGACAGGAGCGGCAGGUCCUCGACUUUUCACGAUCCACGUCGUUGAUGCUCCAAGCGAAAACCUACCAAAAGCGCAUACUUGUUUCAACAGAAUAGACAUACCACAAAAUUAUCCGAAUUAUCAAAAAAUGCUUGAUAAGCUUACGCAGGCGGUCGAGGAAACUUGUGGCUUCGCUGUUGAGUAAUAAUACGAUAUAUGGUCUUGCAGCUUCGGCAUGAAGUUUCCUAUAUGCUCUAGUGCAUAUAUCUAUACAUAUAUAUACUUAGACGAUUCCGAAUUCUCACGAUAACAUUUAACGGAUCUUCUGCUGCCGCUAAGAAGCAAGAAAGUUAUUCAUUCUUUAUAUUUACGGGCCAUCAAGGAGUUUCGGAGGAUCCUACGAGACAGUCUUGUUAGAAAGUGUUAAUACGUAAGCUAUCAGGGAAAUCACAUUCUGACUUGUGUACAAAUAUCUAAAUGGCCUUGGCGAUCGCUAUAACGCAUUAGCGAUUGCGAAUUGAUAUCUUGCAUAUCACAAUGCGUACACUUGAUUUCAAUAUGAUUUGGGCGCCUUUUUCCUCGAUGAAGUUUGGAACGAUGGUCCAAUGAGAGGACGCAACUGCUGGGAAUUAAUCAAAAACAACUUCUCUCAUCAAACCAUUGUGCGUUAUCUUUUAAAUGUAAGUUCGAGUGAAGAUCCUGGAAAAAUUCUCAGUACGCGUGUACAUAUCGAUCUUCAAAUAUUUAUUGCUCGGUCAAGUGUCUAUCAGUUUUCAGAGAUUAUUCCUUCGCGGUAGAUACAUUUUAAUCAAUCUGUUUUCAACAUCUAUAUUUAUCGAAGUUUCCAUCGAUUCAAAUCACACUAAUUUCAUUAAGUUCAUCAGAGUUAAUGACAUUAUUUGAAUUAGAAUGUAAGAUGCAGCGUGCACAAGUAUUUGUGGAAGAUGAAAUCUUUCAAAAAUUACGAUUAUUAUUAUUAUUUUAUUAUUAUUAUUAUUAUUAUUAUUAUUACUAUUAUUAUUAUAAAAAUAAUUGUGUACAGAAUUUGUAUCGAGACGUGAAACUGAUAAGAUAUUCAAGUGUGUCAAGAAUCUCAAAUUUACAAAUGUAGCUAAUUGACGAUAGAGAAUCAAUUCGCACAUAUGUCAAUGAAAUUCAUAUUUGGAAGUUUUCAAUUCCACUUUAUAAACACCAUAACAUAAUGCACAGUCAAUUAAUUCCAUAUCAAUUAUCCGUCAAAUAAAUAGGAUUUAGUGUCGGACAAGAGAUAUGCAAUACAUGCGAAAAAAAACUUCGCUCUAGUAGAAAAAUGCUGGAGAAAUCUAGUAUUUUGAGAUGUAUUAUUCUGUGUCUUAGAGGAAGAAAUAGAGAAAGUUUGUACAUAUGUAUAAUUCUGAACGCAAGUGUUAAAUAUCAUAGUUAUUAUCUGUCAUUUUAACGAAAGUUGUUGUAAUUUAUAGAGUAUGAAGGUAUAACGCGAUAAUAACAUCAAUAUCGAGGGCCGCACCUUUCGUGUAUUAAAGCUAAAAGUUCGCAAUAAUAGAGAGGAAGAUGCGCGAUACAUACAUUAUAUUAAAAAUGCUGAACGAUUUAUAUUUUAUUUCGCCGGCAGCGUUUCUCACUAGUAUUCAUUAUUUAUUCAUGAGAAUUGAUACUCAAAAAUAUUCCUUUUUUUUUUUUUUUAAUUAACACCGGAACGUAACGCUGUAACACUUUCGUUCAGAGCUUUCGCGACGCUAUCGGCAAGUACUGUUAUUGCCGUGCAACUUACGUGACAAGAAGAUCCAUUGUUGCUUGUUUAAGAGUCAAUAUUACCGAGUGCGUUAACACACACAUACACAUACAAAUGAUGUAAAUAAUUUAUUAGAGGUUAAGGUAAUGGUAUAUCGUCAUCAUAGCGCGUUCAACGCGGACCACGCAUGCAUAGUCGACAUAAACAACUCGCGCUAAUUCUAACAUUGGCAAUUUUAAGUUGUGUACAUUAAUUUUUAACUUUAUCUUUAAUUUAAUGCGUAGUUAUUUAAGGAAAGAGUUUAUUCGACGGGUUUACGUAAGCUUUUGUAGGAUGUUUUGGUCGAACUGGCUCGUUUUUAUUUUAGAAUUUUGCGAAACAUGUCUAUACCUUACUAAGCUACCCUUAGUAAGAUGUAGCGCUUUUCUUUAUUUAUCGCAUAAAUCCCCCUUUCAUUUAGUCCAUCGCUGCUGCAGAGAUGUCUAAUGUUUGCGGCAGCAUGAAACGUUGUUUUAUAUACUUACUAUCGCAUUAUUAUUAUUAUUAUUAUUAUUACUACUACUACUACUGCUACUACUAUUACUACUACUACUACUGCUACUAUUUGUAUUAUGCACGUAACUGUGAUGAAACAUAUCGUAGACAAAAAACAAGCACUCGAAGUCUCGCGUUUGUUCGGAUCGCGGAAAUUGGUAACGUGUAAUAUCUUACGUUCACUUUUACACACACUAUAUUAUUAACCGAUGAAUAUUUUUCUUUUCUUUCUCUGGUAAUUCUCCUCCGGAAGGAGACGUCCCCCGUGUAUUCUUCGUUGCGUUGCUUCAAGUAUCGCCCGUUUUCGAUGUUUGAAACACGGUCUGAAUACUAAGCAUCGCUAUAACGGGAAUCGUAGCUAUUACGACUCAUGUAGAAUAAUACGGAUACAGCUCUAAGCACGCGAGUGAGCGCUAACAUUAUCGCCCACGUUAACUGGACGCUUGUGUAGCAAUGUCUAUAUCUCUAUUGCCUUAAUUUCUAACGUACACGAACUCUCCCUUUCUCUCCUUCUCUCUCGUGUCUCGUUUCUCGAUAUCAGACGCAGCCGACCGACGCCUCAAUCCGAGUAAAACAGAAAUGAUGUCAAAGUGACGAGAAAAUGACUGGAAAACUCAUUUUUCGAUCAUUUCUUCGUCAUUUUCACGUCAUUUUCACAUCAUCGUCAUUUUCCGUUCUACCUGGGAAGAUUCUACGAUGUAAAUGCGAGAGAGAGAGAGAGAGAAUGCGAAUUCAUUAAUUUUUAACGGGAAUAUAUGCGCCAAAUACAUACAUGUAUAUUUAUAUAUGUGAAAUAAUUGAAGAGAAGAAAGUUAUUUUCGGUAUCUAAAAUUUGCGACGGUUUCAAGAUUAACACCGGAUAAUUCGCGAAGCGUCAUCUCGAGGAGGUUGGGAAAAAUACAUAAGAGAUUCGAUGAGAUUUGUCUGUGAAUCAACAAGAAUAGCGCAUAUAUACACUUCGUGUAUCACCUCUGUAUCAAAAUUGUAACGUUCAUCAUGAACAGAGAUAGUUGAACGGUAAUAGAAGAGACGACAGAGCUCUCCCUCGUUUUCCUUUACAUAUAUAUCGUUAUCUUGUCGAUAUAGCAAUAAAGGCCUUAAAAGUGCCUUGUUGGCGUUGACGACACCGCAAAAAUUAUACUCAUAAUAUUUUGGGAUAUAGUAUAAAUCUUACCACAUUCUUUCUCAAAACUACAUCUAAGCAAAUAUACAUACGUAUGUUGCAACUGUCAGUUCACAUUGUGACUAUAUUAGUGGUUGAGAGAGGAAAUGGCAGAAUAAUAAAAAUGAAUAGGAUUACUAGGAUUCAAGAGAGUGGAAGAUAGCCAAAGAGAUAUCCCGGAGGUAUCGAUGUCUUUUACGCUCGUCGAAGAAAAAAAAUUACCCGCUUAUACACACAAAUCGUAUCUCCCGAAAUAAUCAGAAUUAUUAUGUAUAAUUUGCAAUUCUCAACUACUACUUCAAUGCCUUUUUGUAACGCGAUAUGCGCGUUACGUAUGUUAUUAAUUAAUUGCGUUAGACGACUCGAUGUUACUGAACGUCGGAAACUCGAAUACGUUAUCAGAACGCUGUAUAUACGUAUAUUUCGCAAACUAAUCUUAAUAAACGCGAUAUAUUAUGUAGGACAUUUUGCCUAGUGCAAGUUCACGAAAAUAUUGUAAGAUUGUAAGUUUAUAUCUCUGUUUUUAACAUUUUAAUUAAUGCAGUCUAUCGCUUGGGAUGAUAUUUAUUGAAUUGCGUGCCGCGAGUGAAAAGGGAGGAGCAAAGGGAAGAAACGAAAAGAGAGAGAGAGAGAGAGAGAGAGAGAGAGAGAAUGACAAUAUUUAGCGUUCACGCGUAAAAUACGUACAAAUGAAUAUAUUACACGUUGCACACAAAGUAAUCUUGCUUGCAAGAGAUAACUGUCGCGAGGAAGCUUGCGGAUCGGAAAAGAUGCGCAAACUUCGACGUAUCAUACAGCUAAAAAAUACAUCACGCAAGGACGUACGAUCUGUCUUGUAUCAAAACGAUAAGUGACCUGAGCCGCUUCUUAACCCUUUAUCGGUCCACGUCUCGCCGGUUCUAAAGGUUUUCGGAAUUGGUAGAACGGAAGAUCUGCACGAGAUAAUGAAGCAAUAACUAUUUAUAAAGAAACGGGCUAGUUUUACUUGUAUUUUACACGUAUGUGCAUUGAAAUUUCACAAACAAUACAACGAUAUCGAUAAAGGGUUAAACGUUAUGUAAAAGGGGAGAAGAUAGAAAAUACAACAAAUAACUUCGCAGUGAAUUAUAAAUACCAUUGCUGUUUCUCUAACAUCGAUUAGCCGACGUUAAAGUAUCUCUUAAUUUUCACUAAAAUUGUUUUACUGAUUCUCUGUUUAAGUUCUACUUAAUAUGCAAUCGAUUAAUGCGAAGGAAAAAUUCUUGCAACGGUGACGGAAAAGAAAUGUUUUUUUUUUUUCAUAAAUUAAGCUUUAACAGCUGCAAAUUGAAAUUUAUAAGAUUGAUUAUAAUUGUUUGGAUUCUCCGUAUUUGUAAAAUUAUCAAUGCUAUUUGUUACUGCGGGUGUUUAUUAUUGUAGCGAAUAUCAUAUUUGUUACUAUCGCCAUUAUUGCGCAGAACCUUCAGGAAACAAGUGUAUAUAAUCUUUUCCUUUUGUAUUCUGGACGAAAUGUAUAUUUUAAUAAAAUAUU